AUGGAACCAGAUUGCAAUGAGGAGAAACAAGAGGUGGAAAUAGUCCUUGAUGAUGAAGGAAACCCCCUGGUGCCUCCUUUGACUGGUCAGGAGCUCAAGGUUCAGCAGAGUUUGGCUAGAGCUGUCUUCCAAGCUGCCUAUGCAAAAUUUACUGGAAAGGCCAAGGCCAAAAUUUCCUGGGGCUUGCUUAUCAAGUCCCCUUCGGAGUAUCUGGAUUCAUAUUCCAUCCCAGAGGGAUUUGUGAUGAAGGAUCCUUCCAAGUGGACCAAGGCUGGCCUUAGGUUGCUUUGGAACCAUUGGCAUUCCUUAGAGGAUGAUGAUAAGGUGAUUGUUGCAUUUAUCAAGUGCAAAAAGGAUGAUGAGCCUUUGGGAAGGCCCUUUGUUCAGAAAUAUGCCUCUAAAAAGAGUGUGUGGCCCAGUGGAGUGGCUGGGGCAUCAGACUCAGAGGCAGAGGUGGACACAGGCAUGGGUAAGCAAUCCCAGGUAACUUCUUUGGAGGACCAAAUUAGGCUCAACUCCCUGGCCUCCUCAUCUCAAAAAAAACCUCAUGACUCCAGCCCUGCAUGGCAUGCUGAUGGGGACCAGAUCAAAUUUUUAAAGUCACUUUGUGUCAUGCCCAGGUACCAGGAGCAUAUUGAUCUUGUAUAUGCCUUACUAGAGACAGAACCUGAUAUGGAACCCACCUCCCCAUUACCUGAAUGGGCAUCCUGGACUUGGAGUGCCCAGUAUCUACCCCAAGAGAUCCAUAUCCAGGGGGAUUCCUUCUGGAAGGCACUGGGUCAAUUGCAAUCAGAAAGGUUUGCUUGCAUGUCAAAAGGUGUUCCUGUGGUACUUGGAUUUGGUAUCUUGUGGAGGGAGUGUAAGCAGGCACAGGAAGUGGAAGAGGAUGACCCAGAAGUUGUCAAUCUGGGCUGCUUGCUGAACUCCAAGCUUGACAUCAACAGAGGGGAAGAUGUUAUGGCUGCCAUGGGGGUGGUGAUUUCAAGGCUUCAGCAAAAUUCAGGUGACUCAGAGGGGGUGGGAGGCACUGAAAAAAUCAUGGGAGGAGAUACAGAGGACUUCAGUGGUUAUGGGAAGGGUGGUGAGGAGAAGGAUACACAGGAUAACAGGAAAAGGAAAAGGAAAAGGGGAGGCAGUGAGAAUGUCAAGAGGAAGAAGAAGAUGACAAGGGGGGUUUCAGGGGAGGAUGGGGGUCAGGGGAAAGAGAGCAAGAGAUCUAGCAGAAAGAGGCAGCCAAGCAAGAGAGCUCUGGGACAGGCCUGA